AUGCCGGGCACCGCAGCCGUGAAGUAUCUCAGUCAGCUUUCCACGGCAGUCAACCGGAAGCUCUCCCUCUUCUGGGGAGAGGCCCUCGGAGGGUCGACCCGUAUCAAUGCAAUGGUUCUCACGCGAGGCCCUCCCAGCAACUACAACGACUGGUCCCAGGAGUACGGGCUCAAGAACUGGGCCUGGGAGAAGGUGGAGCCUUACUUCAUCAAAAGCGAAAACGCCAUCGGCCACCCAAAAGCUCAACAUCGAGGCCAUCAGGGGCCGGUCGAGAACCGCCAGAUGGCCUUGCCAUUCUCCUGCUACCCCUUCAUCGAGAAGGCCGUUCGCAAGCUGGGAUUCCCAGUUUACGACGACUGCAACGAUCCGGCCGCGGGUGCGCAGGGAUACUUUAGCCUCGACCACACCAUCAACGGCAACGGCCGGAGGCUCUCUGCUUACCAGGCAUGGCUGAACAAAGACAUUGCUACCACUCGAAAAUCGCACCUCACCGUCUGCACCGGCGUAACCGUCUCCAAACUCGACAUCAACCCCGUAUCUCGGAGAGUGGUGGGAGUUCGAAUCCACAGGAAAGGGAAGACGGGCAAUGGCGAUUAUUCUGUCAGGGCACGGCGAGAAGUGGUACUAUGCGCGGGUGCGUUAGGGACUCCUCCGGUAUUGAUGCGCAGUGGGAUCGGACCCAAAGACCAGCUCGAUCAACUUGGCAUACCCAUCAUCCAAGAAUCGUCUGCGGUGGGCAGCAACCUCAUGGACCAUAUCGCCGUAGCCAUCAUGUCCAAGCUCCCGGCACGCGACACCAUCCACAGCCUCUACAAUCCGCUCGUCUUCAUCUGGCAGCUGAUCCUCUGGAUCUUCUUUGGCCGCGGCCUUCUUGCAUACUCUUCCACAAGCUCAACCAUCUUUCUUCGAACGACUGCCAUCGAUGACACGACUCUGCAAGUCCAGACUUGCCGCGAUGGAAUCGACACAAUGGAUUCCAUGAAUCCACAAAACGUGCCUGAUGUCGAAAUUAUGGUGAUUCCUGUGUCUUGCUACCUCGAUGUGAAUGUCACCGCCCAUCCUCUUAUGACUUGGCAGUGCACACUGGUCCAGCCGUUCAGUAAAGGAAGCCUCCGACUGACAAGCACCAAUUCCGAACACUUGCCUGAAGUUUUUCAUCCGCUUCUUCGAGAUGACCGGGACCUUGUGCCCAUGCGAAAGGCAAUCCGCAUGUCGCUGCGUCUUGGCCAGGAAUUUGCCCGCUCGGGAUACCCUCAUCCGGCACCCGUGCUUUACGGACCUGGCAUGGACCUGCAAUAUCUCGAUGGCAUAUUUGGUUACGCAACACAGCUACCAGGCAAACAGCAAGAAAGGAAAGGCGGCAUAAAGGAGCUCCCAGACUGGCAAACCAUCUCGGACAAAGCCAUCGACGACUACGCAUAUCGUACUUACCAGAGUUCCCUUCACUACGCGUGCACUUGUCGAAUGUCUCUUGACCCGACAGAUGGCGUCGUGGACCAGAAGCUGCGAGUCUUUGGAAUCGAUCGCCUCCGCAUAGCAGAUGCGAGCGUGUUUCCCAAGGUCACGAGUGGACACACAAUGGCACCAACCAUGAUGGUGGCCGAGAGAUGUGCCGAUUUCAUCAAGGAGACGUGGCGGGACAAAGAGUCGCUGGGAAUCUGA